CAGACGUGCGCUGGUGUGGAGGCAGCUGCAGCAGGCGCGACAGGAGGCGAGCGCAGCGGACCGCGACCGUCAGCUACAAGUUAGAAGACUAAUGCAAAUCAAAUAGGAUACGAUUCUUUUCGCUCGUUUUAUGUAUCUCUGUUGUUUUUACCCUUAGUCUUCGUGGUUUACAGCGUUCCCUUUUCAGGAAUAUGGGACCAAACAAGCCAGGGAAAGUUAACUGGCGCUUCGGCGUGCCAAAGGCACUUUUCGUGUACUUUUGGUGUCUUUGCGGCCAGACCAAGUGCUACAAUUUGGACACGCAGCAUCCCGUUACUGUUAGCGGCCCGAGUGGAUCUUUAUUCGGAUAUUCUGUGUUGCUUCAUAGGCAUCGGCAGCAGACGUGGCUCUUAGUGGGAGCUCCAGUUGCCAAUUCAACCUUUGACCAGUCCAUCAGAAACCCCGGUGCUAUUUUUAAGUGCAAAAUCGCAGACAGGGCGGAUUGUGAGCAGAUUCAAAUAGGUACCUCCAACGACGCGUUCUGUGGGAAGACCUGCUUCCCUGAGAAUGACAACCAGUGGCUGGGCGUGAGUCUGUCCCGACAGCACAGCGAUGGACUCGUACUGGCCUGUGGACAUCGUUGGAAAAAUGUUUUCUACUCCAGAAAAGACAAUCAAAACAAGCUGCCACAUGGUGUCUGUUACAAACUGGAGGCCGAUCUUAUCCAGUCUAGCCCACUGAUUCCAUGCUACAAGGAUCAUCAGAGGAAGUUUGGCGAAGCCUAUGGGUCCUGUCAGGCUGGAAUGUCUAACUUCUUGACAGAGGGAUUGAUUGUCAUGGGGGCACCAGGAACCUCCUACUGGACUGGAUCUGUGCUGGUCUAUAACACCUCCAGCAACAUGCUCUCAGCCUACGUGGAUAACAGCAACACAGUUGACUAUGGAAGCUAUCUAGGUUACUCUGUGAGCGCCGGCCACUUCAGUCACCCUGACAACACAGAGGUUGUCGGAGGGGCGCCGCAGUAUGGGCAGACUGGUAAAGCGUACAUAUUCCAGGUUCAGUCCCACACUCUGAAAAUCCUGUUUGAGGCCAAGGGCAAUAAGCUGGGCUCUUAUUUUGGAGCAACGGUCUGUGCGGUGGACCUGAAUUCGGAUGGACUCUCGGACCUCCUGGUUGGAGCGCCGAUGUACAGCACUGUCCGGGAGGAGGGGCGUGUCCACAUCUACAUAAAUCAAGGAGCUGCUAACAUGAAGGAGGAAGAGUUCCAAUUAGUGGGAAGUGACUCGUACGCCGCAAGGUUUGGCGAAACCAUAACGAACCUGGGGGACAUCGACGACGACGGCUUUCCAGAUGUGGCCGUUGGAGCCCCGCAGGAGGACGAUCUGCAAGGGGCUAUUUAUAUCUACAAUGGCAGGAAGAGCGGGAUCGCCAGGACCUUCUCUCAACGAAUCACUGGGUCUGUCCUGGGCAACGCCUUUAAGAUGCUAGGCCAGUCUGUGUCCGGAGGCAUCGAUGUGGAUGGCAAUGGUUACCCAGAUGUAGCUGUGGGGGCCUUCCUGUCGGAUUCAGCUGUCGUGCUGAGGACGCGGGCGGUGGUGAUCGUGGAGGCCUUCAUGCUGCUCCCUGCGAGUGUAAACCGCAGUCAGCCGCAGUGCUCCGAGCACGGCCAGCCCGCCGUCUGCAUCGACGUCAGCGUCUGCUUCAGAGUCAGGGGCAGGAAGAUCUCCGGUCACAUAGGGAUGCUGUAUAACCUGACUGUGGAUGUGAAGCGGAAGGAGGGCUUCCCGCCGCGUUUCUACUUCACCGGGAACGGCACGUCCAACACCACCGCCGGCCGGAUCAAAGCCAAGCACGAGCACCUGACCUGCGUCAACCACCAGGCCUACAUGCGGAAAGAUGUCCGAGAUAUCUUCACCCCAAUAUAUUUUGAGGCAACGUACGAGCUGGGAGAACAUAACGUCAUAAAGACAGCGUCCAAAAGCUUCCCAGCCCUCAAACCCAUACUGCAGCAAAGAGAGGGCCAGAGCAACCUGGUGACCAACAAGACGGAGUUUGCUCGGUUCUGCGCCUGGGCCAACUGUUCCGCGAACCUGCAGGUCUCUGCGCGGCUGGUGUUACCGCAGUCCCAUAAAAACAUGGCGUACUUCGCCCUGGGGAACGGGAAGACCAUCAUGCUGAACGUGACGCUGGUGAACGCGGGGGACGACGCCUUCCUCCCGCUGGUGCAGCUGAGGUUUCCCAACAACCUCUACUUCAUCAAAGUGCUGGACGCGGAGGAGCGGCAUGUUACCUGCAAUGUUGCAGAGGAGAAGCAGGUUGCCGUGGGGAUGGACUGCACUGUGGGCAGCCUGCACCUCAGCUCUCUGGAAAAGCUCAACAUCAGCUUCCUGCUUGAUGUGAACCACAGCAGCAAUGCUGGAGACCUGGACGUCACCGUCACCGCAACCUGUGACAACUUCGAAAAUGAAAACCUUCUCCAUGACAACUUUGCCCAUCUGAAGUUGCCGUUGAGAUACGGAGUUGACCUAAAUGUUCAUGGCUUUGUAUCUCCUACGGCCUUUGUCUUUGGAGAUGAGGAGGCAUCUGGGUGCUAUACAGAGAGGUUCAAUUACACCUUUAAGGUUAUAAAUGCUGGUCCCAGUAAAGCCCUUGAAACAAGAGUUGUGAUUGAUAUUCCCAAAGCCUUGGCACCUUAUACGUACAGAUUACUCAACAUUGUGGACGUACAGACUUCUCUCGGGUCGUGUUACAUUAAUGAUUCUGCCAAAGCCACCAGCGAUGACUGCAAUGUGCCAAAACCAUAUUUCAUAGAAGAUCUGGUCUUUUUCUUUUCAAAGACAUUGACCCGGCGCAUGUACUGCAUGAGGUAUGACCAGCUGUGUCUGAACGUGGUGUGCAGCUUUGGGGACAUGGACAUCGGGAAGGAGGCCACCAUUCAGAUGGAGGUGGAGCUGAACCCUGCUGUUCUCCAGCUCUCCCCUGGAAGGCAAGCCAUCAUGCUGAUUGAGAGCACAGCCACUGCAACACCCAGGGAGAGUCCCUACAACCUGUUCAUACAGGAGAACCCCUUCACCAAGGUUGUCCUGGAGGCCCAUUUCAACCAGAAGCCGACGAAGCAGGUGGAGGCGUUCGUAACCAUAGUGAGCCUUGCUCUGGGAAUACUCAUUCUGGCUCUACUCAUAUACAUCCUGUGGAUGGCCGGAUUCUUUAAGAGGGACAUUAAGAAAAAGCAGGAGAUGCAGAGAGACAGCUGGGACUACGUGCCGAAGAACGAGAGCGUUUCCUAACGCAGAUACACGUGUAUAUAUGUGUACAUAACGUCACAGCAAAGAAACCUUACGGAGGAGAGAUCAACACAACUUACACAUUCACAGCCUUAAUGGAAAUUCAAGGGAGAACAUGUAGGCCUGCUGCUAUGCUCAGAACACAGCCCAGAAUUACAGACCGCAGGUAUUUAUGAGAGCGAUAGAGAUGCUAGUGUAACUAUGAUCAGGAUGCAGUGGUAUGGGGGCUCAGAGCGAGUGACUGGGAGCCUGUCUCGUGAGGUGAAUUGGUUUUCUGUCAGCAGGACUAAAUGCACUUUAUCUCUUGAAUUGAAUGAGUCGGAAUGUUCCUGGAAGUCACAUGACAUUUUACCUCACAAGAAGAUGUCAGGAAGUGGCGAAGGUGCAUUCUGCAUUCUUGGAAGUGUUUUGUUUUUUUUUUUUUGGGGGGGGGGUGCCAGCACCUGUUUCAUUGUGCCUGCUGAGAAAAUGCACUGUUGAAACCUUUGAUCAUAAUUAAGAAUGCACUUGUGUGUACAUGUCUAUAAAUACAUUUGUGAAUAUAUUUAUGUACAGUAUAUAUACAUGAACUAACAGGUGUGUGUAUAUAUACGUGCAUUAAAUGUACAAAUCUUCACCCAUCAGUCAAAGAUUCCAGUAUUUUAGUUCUGUCGGCUGUUACAUUGAAAUAUGGGUUUCACUUUUUUUGUCUUAAAUUCAGCUCAUGUGUUGAAACCACAUUUGGUGAGAAGCUUUUUUCGUUUCCCGUUAGAAUGAAAUCUUUGCUUCCUGUUGAUCUGUUGGGGAUUUUUUUUUCGAAAUUGCUCUCAGUGUCACGCUAGCGCAAACUUGCACUCACCUCUGCAUGGCUGUGCACACCGGUCUCAGCGGGUAGCGCUGUGUUUACCACUAUGGAUUUCUCAAGGGCUUUCAGCGGAUAGCUUUGUGGGCAAGAAACCCACUCAGAGGAGGUGAUUGGCUCAAAGACUCUGCCUGCGUUGUCUUCUCCUGGUGCGGUGCAGUGCAGGGACAACGUGAGGCCUCCUUCCGAAUGAAGCCAUGUGGCGUUGCAGCUGAAUGACGCUGACUCAGGAUUGGCUGGCUGUCCCCGCCGUCUGGAGGCCAACGCCCACUGUACGUCCCCGGGCUGCCAGUGGCUUACCACACAUGACCACACGUGACCACACACGACCACACGUGACCACAUGCGACCACACGUGACCACGAGUCUAGUUUACAAGACUGCAGCAGAACCCAGUGUGUGUGUGUGACAGGAAUGACCCAGGCGGCUAAGAGUUCUGUGCAUGCUCUGCAGGGAAAGCUUUCUUAGCUGAUAGCAUGCACUGGAGGUGUUAACCGCUCUGAUCUCUGGGGAUGACUCCUGCAGGCUGCGUGCAGCCAAGCAAAGAGUGCAGUGUCACUGUGCAGUGGUGUGUGUGUGUGUGUGUGUGUGUGUGUGUGUGUGUGUGUGUGCGCGCGUGCGCGCGCCUCUUCAGAUGCUCAUGAAUGUCACACAGAUUUUUGUUUAGCAAUGAAGCAAUGAAGCAUGUUGGUAUAUGAGGACACGGGGUUCAUUGUAAAAGGUGGAGGUUUUAGGA